UCGAAGAACGGUGAAGGUUGCCGAGUGUUUCGAGGCCCGAUCGCCGAGGAAACGUGCCCGACGAUGGAUCUUACGCUAUUCUUAAUCGCCGCACUUCUCGGACAGGAGGUGGCUGGUCUGAAGCUGCUUCGCAUAAACGUCCCGGCGUACUCCUUUAGGGGCGAGAGCGCGCAACUCGAGUGCAGGUACGACCUACAGGGGAAGACGCUUUACUCUAUCACGUGGUACAAGGAUCACGAGGAAUUCUACAGAUACGUGCCUAGAGAGGAACAGGCGAAGCACAGCUAUUCCGUGAAGGGCGUUAAAGUUGACAUUGCACACUCGGAUAACCAGAAGGUAAAGCUGAUGAACGUGAGCCUGCACAGUAGCGGGCGGUACAAGUGCGAGGUGAGUGCCGAGGCACCCAGCUUCAACUCGGUCAGCGCGGAAGCCAAUAUGGAAGUCGUAGUUUUGCCGCAAGAAGGGCCGGAGAUAACCAGCGUGGAUAAAAUUUACGCUACUGGCGACGUCCUCGGGCUGAAUUGCACCAGCGGCAAGUCUAAUCCCGCCGCGACACUCAAGUGGUUCAUCAAUGGGAAGCAGGUGAAGCCCGACACGAAAACGACAUACGAGCAUCACGGACUCUACUCGGUGAUGUCCAGUUUACGAUUGCAGUUGGAACCGAACCACAUCACCGGCGACAAAAUAAACGUCAGAUGCGAGGCGACCGUGGAAUUGGAAUCAAACUCGGGCGCGCUGCUCGUCAAGCCGCGCACUACGGAGGUUUUCGUGAAGGGAUACGCGAGCGUCGCGACGCCUUCCAUGUGUCUAACAGUGGCGAGCGCGCUACUCGUACGACUACUGGCGACAGUUUAG